GUCUCAGUGCCGCAGUUGUUCUCUGAGUAACGGGACAGAGGUGAAUUAUUCCAGCUCACAUGCCGUAUAUGCGCGCAACUGCGAGGACAUAAAAUGAAUAUUCCAAACAGCUGUGGACUAAACAACAGCGCUAAACAACAAUCGAUCCUUCUCUCUUAACCAGACGCUGUGUUUUUGGAGCUUUUAGUACUUUUUAGGACUUACGAGUGAGUUUUGGAAUAACUUUGUUGGAUUUCACUGUCACUACUGCAAAAACCUAACCUUUCAGGAUGGAUGACGGACAGUGCUACUACAACGAAACCAUAGCCUUUUUUUACAAUCGUAGUCAUAAGUAUCUGGCCACAGAAUGGAACCCCGUAAGCAAGCUAGUGAUGGGACUUGGGAUUACAGUGUGUAUUUUUAUCAUGCUAGCUAACUUGCUUGUGAUGGUGGCUAUCUACAUCAACCGCCGAUUUCACUUUCCAAUCUACUAUCUAAUGGCUAACCUAGCAGCCGCGGACUUCUUUGCGGGACUUGCCUAUUUCUACCUGAUGUUUAAUACGGGACCCAAUACGAGAAGGCUAACGGUCAGCACGUGGUUGCUUCGCCAAGGCCUUAUCGAUACGAGCCUUACAGCCUCGGUUGCCAACUUGCUAGCUAUAGCCAUUGAGCGCCACAUAACUGUUUUCCGCAUGCAGCUCCAUACCCGAAUGAGCAAUCGACGAGUAGUUGUAGUUAUCGUCAUCAUCUGGACCAUGUCUAUCAUCAUGGGCGCCAUUCCUAGCGUGGGCUGGAACUGCAUCUGUGCCAUAGAUACUUGCUCCAACAUGGCUCCCCUCUACAGCAACUCCUACUUGGGCUUCUGGGCGAUCUUCAACCUGGUGACCUUCGUGGUGAUGGUUGUUCUGUACGCCCACAUAUUUAUGUACGUACGUCAGCGAACCAUGAGGAUGUCCCGGCACAGCUCGGGUCAACGGCGGAACCGGGACACUAUGAUGAGCUUGCUGAAAACGGUCGUGAUUGUGUUGGGCGCUUUCAUCGUGUGCUGGACGCCUGGUUUGGUGCUUCUCCUGCUGGACGUGGUCUGCUCCAACUGCAAUGUCCUGACCUAUGAAAAAUUCUUCCUUCUUUUAGCGGAAUUCAACUCUGCCAUGAACCCUAUCAUAUACUCCUAUCGGGACAAGGAGAUGAGCGUCACAUUCAAACAGAUCCUGUGCUGUCAGCGUCAGGAGAAUGUGAACGGUACAGCAGAGGGUUCGGACCGCUCUGCGUCCUCCAUCAACCACACGGUCCUGACCGGCGGGCACCAUAACGAACAUUCGGUGGUCUGAGGUUCGAUGCGGGCUGGGAUCUACUCAGCAUAAGCGAGAAGAGACUGUGAAAAAGGCAUUUCAUCAGCAAAAGACUUGUGGUUAUGAAGUUUUCUGUGCUUUUUCUGUCUUUAUGUUUUAACAUGAUAUUGAACUAUUUAAAGGCUAAUCCAAGAGGAUUAAAUAGCCAGUUUAACACAAAUCGUAUUUGUUCCCGAAAAAGUAUGGAAAAGUUAAAGGAGUAUUUUGGCUAGUUGUAAUUUUUUGGCCAGAGUGUUGUAAAUGGAGAAGUUAUUUUUUGUGUUGUACAGUGGGUGUUGAAGUGAAGGGCGUAGUGAAGUGUCCAGUGAAUCUGUCCAUCAGUUUGCACUAGAAAGAAAGAGUGCACAUAAGGGACCACUGGGAAAUUAUUUUGGUGACCUGUGCGAAGUACUUGAUUGUUUGCUUUUUUUUUACAAAUUUAUUUUGCACUGCAGGUUCAUCCCUAUGAUACAAAGCCACCAAACAGAACACCCAAAAAUACACUAUCAGUCAAAAAUGUGGAAUAUUUUUUUUUAUUUAUUUUUUUUAAAGAAGCCACUUAUGCUCACCAAAGCUACAUUUAUUCAGAAAUACAAUAAAGCAGUGAUAUUGUGACAUUUUGUGAAAACUGUGAUACACUACCAUUCAAAAAGUAAGAUAUAUAAAUGAAAUUAUACUUGAUAUUUUAUUGAUCAAACAUUAGUUUAAUAUACACUUUAUUUAAAGAAUAAUAAUAUAUAUGUAUACAUAUAUAUAUAUAUAUAUAUAUAUAUAUAUAUAUAUAUAUAUAUAUAUACACACACACACUGCCGCUCAAAAGUUUGGGAUCAGUAAGACUUGUAAUGUUUUUUUUUAAAGACGUCUCUUAUGCUCAUCAAAGCUGCAUUUAUUUGGUCAAAAAUGCAGAAAAAAACAUUAAUAUUGCAAAAUGUAAUUGCAAUAUAAAAUAAUAGUUUUUAUGUUAAUAUACUUUAAAAUAUAAUUUAUUCCUGUGAUGCAAAGCUGAAUUUUCAUCAGUUGUUAUUCCAGUCACAUGAUCCUUCAGAAAUCAUUCUAAUAUGCUGCUUUUUUAUCAUUUUAUUUAUUUAUUUUAUUUUUUUUUUAUACUUUUAUUCACCAAGGAUGUGCUAAAAAGUGAUAGCAUAGAUUUACACUAUUAGAAAAGAUUUAUAUUUUGAACAAAUGCUCUUCUUUUUAACUAGAUAUUCAUCAAAGAAUCCUGAAAAAAGAAUCACAGGUUCCAGAAAAAUAAAUAAAUAAAUAAAUAAAACAAAAAUUGGUAGCACAUCUGUUUCCAGCAUGAAUAAUUCUAAUAAUAAAUCAGCAUGUUAGAAUGAUUUCUGAAGGAUCAUGUGACACUUAAGACUAACAGCUGAUGAAAAUUCAGCUUUGCAUCACAGGAAUAAAUUACAUUUUAAAGUAUAUUAAAAUAAAAACCAUUAUUUUAUAUUGUAAUAACAUUUUGCAAUAUUACUGUUUUGGUAUUUUUGAUCAAAUAAAUGCAGCCUUGAUGAGCAUAAGAGACUUCUUUAAUGUAUAUUAGAAUGAUUUUGAAGGAUUUUGUGACUCUGAAGACUGGAGUAAUGAUGAUGAAAAUUCAGCUUUACAUCACAGGAUUACAUUACAGUUUAAAAUAUAUUCAUAUAGAAAACAGUUUUUUUUUUUUUUUUUUCUAAUAAUAUUUCAUAAUAUUACUGUUAUUUUGAUCCUAUAAAUGCAGUCUUGGUGAGCAUAAACUGUGAAAAACAAAGUUUAGUUUUCAUAUAAAACAAAGAUUAUUAAGUAUGGUUCACAAAAAAAAAAAAAAAAAUAAUAAUAAUAAUUCUUUCUACUUCUAAAUUUUAUUUAAUUCCAUGUGUUACUUCCCAUUUUUCCAUUUCUUUGUACUGUUAAAUUUACUAGCAAUUCUGAGGGGAAAUUGUUUCAAGGACACAUAUAUAAGAGACGUCUUUCAAAAACAUUUAAAAACACCGAUAACACGUCUUUUAGCCAAAUAAAUCAUUUAUGGGUCUGAAACGUUUAGAAUGUAGAUUAAUGCUUGAAGUUAAAUUUCACAUGACAAGGACCAUGAAAUAUUAGUGUGAACCUGAGUAAACUUAUACUUUAAAAAAUACUUUAAUUUACUCAACAAACGUUGUCUCGAAAAAUUGAGUAAAUCAUUCCCAUUUUCAACAGGGAUCAGCAUUUGUGCCUUAAGUAUUUUAUUAUUUAGAGUUAAUCGUUUAAUGAAUUAUAUUCAGUUUUUAAAGGUAUUCUGUACGCUUUUCUACAACAAAAUAAUAGUACAAAUGAAGAUUAUUUUUUAUGAAUGUCAAUUUGUGGCCACAGAACUGACUGAUUCAUUGAAGUGAUGCAACAUACCUUGUUUCAUAGUCUUAAUGAAAAUCAACUGUUAUCAUGUUGAAAGAAUUUAAAAAUUUCUUAUGUUUCAACAUGAUGAAAAUUAAAUUAUGGAAAAUGUCUUAACUUCAUAUACCACCAUAUGUACGUAUGUAUAUAAUAUGUGUAUAUAUUCAUAUGUUAGUCAAAAAGGGAAUGUUUAUUGUUUAAAGUUAAACAUUUGAACCAAGGUAUAGCUAUUUUUUUUUUUUUUUAAAUAUUGUCUUUUUGUUCUAAACAACUUCUUUAAAAUCUAAUUCAAUCAUACUAAAUAACAUUUUGGCCAAAUAUGGAAGGACAAGUGUUUUAGUAUAUGAGGUUAGCCCUACACUGUAAAAAAAAAAAAAAACAAAAACAAAAACAAAAAACACAAUUUGUUGAUCCAACUUAAAAUUAUUUGUUACACUGCUGCCUUAAAAAUUUAGGUUAAGCCAACUCAAAUAAGUUUAGUCAACUUGAAAUGUUAAGAUGUACUAAGUGACAACUUAGAUAUUUGAUAUUUGAGAAUCAUUCUCACAAAAAUGACACAAUAAAAUUCAUAAAUCGCACUUAUAAGUGUUCGAAAACUUGUUGGGUCACUGUAGGAAAGUUCAGCUUGACUGUAAUGUGUAACAUACUAUAAUGCUAACGUCUGUGAAAUUAACAGCUUUCACUGUAAAAAAAACAAUUUGUUGAUUCAACUUAAAAUAAUUUGUUACCCAGCUGCCUUAAAAUUUUAAGUUCAAUCAACUUAAAAAUAGUUUAGUCAACUUGAAACCUUAAAAUUGUAUUAAGUGACAACUUAGAUAUUUGAGUUCAUUCCAUUUAAAAUUUUAAGGCAGUAACAAGCCCAGCUUUUAAGUUUAACAAACCAACUUGUUUGUUCAGUCAACUCAAAUAUCUAAGUUUGAAUAAAUCUGCAGGGUAACAAAUUAUUUUAAGUUGACUCAACAAAUUGUGUUUUUUUUUUUGUUGUUUUUUACAGUGUAUGGCGUAUUGUACAUAAGAGGGAAAGUCUCUCAGGAAAUAACCUCCAGUUUAAAACAAAAUGAGUAUUUUGUACCCUAUUUCAUUUUGACAGUAUUGUUUUAAUGUUUAUUCAUGUUUGGUAUAGCAUUGUGUGUAAUGAGAACGAAUCGACAUUAAUAUGGCUGAAAUUUGAAGAUUUGCACACUUUGACAAAUAGAGGAGUUUUGGCUGAGAUGCUAUAUUUCUAAAACAUAUCAGUAUUAUCAGUAGUCUUACGAAAACAUACUAACAUUGUCAUACGUUUUACAGUGAAAACUGUUCAUGUUUUGUGUCUUACCAGGAAAACAACCUAUAAAACCUCUUUAUUUUCGCUUUAACCUAGCAGCAAAUGUUCCAGCGUUGUUGCAAGUCUUGCUCUGCUGCGAAAGCAUACGUCCAAAUAACGUCCAUCCAGAAAAGACAGCUGUGCUCGACAGGUCAUGGGCCACAGGUUCAUUCUAGGUUGAAAAGUGACAGUAUGUUUCCUGUUCAUUUCAGUAAAUGUGACCAUUUCAGAUACUUGUUCCCCCAAUGAAGUUUGAGCUCUGAAAUCCUGUAUGGUAACAUUCACAUAAUAAUGUCAUUCAAUUAGUGAACCUUCUUAAAAUAAAUCUGUAUAUGAGUCAAA